AUGACGGCGGCAGCGGGAGCGGCGACCCGGCCGGCGCUGGUGGUGGGGGCGCUCGUGGCGGCGCUGAUGAUGCUGGGCUCGGAGGCGGUGUGGCUCGACCUGCCGCCCUCGGGGACCAAGUGCGUCUCCGAGGAGAUCCAGCCCAACGUGGUGGUGGUCGCGGACUACAUGCUCAUGUACGAGGCCCACGCCACCGCCCACCCCACCGUCGCCGUCAAGGUUACCUCACCAUAUGGCAAUACUGUACAUCACAAAGAAAAUGCCACAGUGGGCCAGUUUGCAUUUACAACUUCAGAAGCUGGAAACUACCUUGCUUGCUUCUGGCUAGACAGCGCAGAGAAAGGAUCAGGAGUAUCUCUAAAUCUUGAUUGGAAGAUAGGGAUUGCAACAAAGGACUGGGACUCUGUUGCCAAGAAGGAGAUGCGGGAAGUGAGCGAGAAAACGAAUUCCAGGGUUGCCUGGUUCAGCAUCUUGUCACUGGGCGUGUGCGUUGUGGUCUCCGCUCUGCAGCUAUGGCAUUUGCAAGGCUUCUUCCAGAAGAAGAAGCUCAUCUGA